AUGUGCGAAGGACGGCGUGAAGCAUUGUGCGGUUUGGAGAGCCUGCUGCCGGAAUGUUUUUCCAGCUCUCGGUGCGAUUUCCUCCACAACGUCCAAAGAGUGUUCACCACCAAUUCUUCACAGCUUCAUCCACAGCUCGAACCACCACCGCCGAGCUUCUCGCUGACCUCGAGCGCCAGUAUCGACCAGUCGGAAAGGAUCGGGAUGCCACCGGCUACGGAGAAACAAGCAAUGGCUGCCGAUGCAGGUCCAUCAGCCCUUGCACUGGCCUCCAUCACCACCUCGGAACAGCUCGUCAAGACGCUCCGUGUGCCCCAACCACCGCCAAACGGGGUACGUAUGAUCGACAUUGCUCUCGACGCAUGGCAGUCGCACGACCUCUUCGUACCCAAGAAAGCCGAGCUGCUGUCCCAAUGGGCUCUCGAGCAUCUGUGCUCUUCGCUCAAGUCUUCGUCUUCUUCCUCAGUCCCCAGCACACCCAAUAAGGGCAAGAACAAGGCCAAGCAACAGCAGCACAUCUCCGCCAGCCCCGUCGAAUUAGACCCAACAUCCUGGCAGCUUCUAUCAGACAUUGUGACAGCCCAAAUAAGUGCAAGCUCCGACCUGUCAGAAGCUGCCAAGAGAAGCUGGCUUUCGCACCUUGCGAACACACAACCAGUGCUGACUUUGGCAGGCUCCUUGGCUAGGCAACUCAAUCAAGACGCUUCUCUUUCAUUAGCAGAGCGCGAACAACUCCUGGAGACAGCUGCGAGCUCCCUUCAGAAGCUUUUGCCGCCGGCCACUUCAAGGACAGCCGCCACCAAUGUUGAAGCUGCGACAGAUUCUAUACAGGCGUGGCUCGACUUCUUUGGGCAAACACGCUCCGCGGAAGAGCAACGUACUGGAUAUGCGAUCCUUCAUUCUAUCACUUCGACUUGGUCGACAACCUUGCAGUAUGGAUCCAACGCCAAGAGGAAUCAUCAACACUUUUGCAACAGCGCAGUGCCGUCCCUCCUGCGUGCGCUACACUCUCUGCGCCUUCGAAACAUGGAUGACACCGCCGCAUCCACACACCGCGCUUUGCUUCUAGACACUGUCAAACAGAUCGCUGCUGACUCGCUCUUCACUGAAGACGUUCAGCGAUCCCUUUUGCAAGCAGGACGUCUCGCCCAGAACACAAGCACGCCCAGUUGGAAGGAAACUCACGUCGCUGCAUCGGGCGUCGUCUCUCAAAUCUGCGCCUCUCUGCAGGACCAGCAUCUGUCUCAGGCUGCACUUGGCUCACUUGCGAUCCUAGCGGACCUUCUCUGUGCCAAGCUGAGCCGGAGCGAGGCCCUCAACUCCAUUGCCUCCUCUAGCCAUCUGACGUCCGGCACUGUGCGCGAAGCUCAGCUCUCUCUGAUCCGCAAGACGAUGCUCUCCCAGUGGUACUUUCCCCUUCUACCUCACCUUGUCACCAGCGCUCAAGCUGUCCGCGGACAUCAGGCAGCAUCGCGUAGAAAUCUCCUUGCAGGGAUUGAGCGCCACAGUCUCUACACCAUCGGUUCCGAUGAAGCAGGAGAAUGGCGCUCGCUGUUCAGCGCACUCUUCGACACUGUUCAACACGAGCUGGGUCAGAUUGCUACCGACACAUCGUUGGCCGCCCAGGAUCAAAAAGCCGACCACUUUGCGUGCCUCGCCUCGCUAUGGCGACUCGAAAAGUCGGUCGUCGAAGACGAUCUGGUCUCCGUCAUGGCGCUGGUGGGCGCACAACGAGUUUUCAAAGCGGCCCUUUGGCUGGCAGAGGAUCUGUCAGCUCCCACGCUAGCAGCUCUGGACUUUUUCCGUGCGGUAGCAGCCAUAGAUGUGCGAUUCAGAACCGUCCCGUCCUUAGUCAACACUAUUCUCAGCAGCAUCCCGCUCGCAGCUGAGCAUCUCGCCAAGACGGACGACGACUCUCCUUCGGCAUCUCUUUUCGUGUCUCAGACCUUCCUGACCGAACUCGGCAAGCUCUGUCGCGCCAGCGUCACCGCCAUGCAGGUGCCGGAGCUCAUUCAGCGGCUCACUUCCCUAGCGCAGAACCUGGAUUCGAUAUCGCAGAGCAGCGCUACUCCCAAAACUUCCAAGAAGGCGCGCACGUCUCUCAGCAAUGCAGCCAAGGUGGAUGGAAAUCGAGCUCAGGGCGCGAAUGCUUUGAUCAAGCAGCUGCAGAUCGUAGCACAAGUCGUUCAGAGCGUCACCUUGGCACCUACUCUUCGCACACGGUCCGCUGCUGCAGCGGAAGAGCUGCACAACAACCUCAUUGUACCCUGCAUCGACCUGUGCCUGGCAUCUACACGCACAGCCGCAUCGUCUCCCACGCUUUGCGGCGUGGCUGCUGCUGCCUUGCGAGUCAGACAGGCGCUUCUCUCAGAAAAGUGGCGCUAUAACCCUGCCGAACCUGUCAAGCUCGACGGCUCUCUGCCCACAGAAAGUUUGACCUGUUUGGAAGAGGCAUUCGACGGGCGUGCCGACUCGUUCAUCGAGCUGCUUUCGGUCAAGCAAGAUGGAAGUCCGGAGCUGCAUCAGCUGCAGUUUCAGAUUGUACAGAGCUUGCUGCAGCGCGCAGAGAGGGACUCCUUCCUCGGACUGAGACAGUCUCGCUACUGUCGCUUGGUUUCCGAGGCCGACGGCCCAAUUCACGACCUUUUGAGCGAGUUGACGUCUGCCCCUUCCAUGAAGGGCCGCGCAUGGAGCGGUCGUCCCGACAGGAUCCGGAGGCGUUCCGAUUUGAUGCAGACCGUCUUGAUGGCGAUUGUCACUCGAUGGGCGCCGCUCUUCGAUUCGAUUGCAGCUACCGAAAGCAUGCAGCUGCUUGCUGGCACAAUCGUCAAUUCGGCACAGCCAAGCUUGCAACACGACGACGUGCAGAGCGGAAUGCGCUACAUCACAUCUUCGGCGCUUCGUAGCGCCUCGUUCCUCGAGCUGCCGAACUGGCGCAGGCACAUUGUUGCCACUCUUCAGCAAGAGCUGGCAUCUCAGCCUCUCGAGCGCCGGCUAGGAUCGACAGCGGCGCUUUGCAUCACCCCAUCCGAGUGGGUCAACAAGAGCGCACGCGGGCAGAUCCUGAAAGCCCUCCUCUCCCUCGACCGCGAAAUUGUCACCACUAAGCAUACCAACAAGGUUGCCGGAACGAUCUCAGCAACCCAGUGGAUAGAGCUGCGCAGCCUGCUGGCAAGGGUGCAAGAGUCAUAUGCUACAGAGGCCGGCGUCAGCAACGACGAGCUCUUUGAGUCUCUUCAAGCCUUUUGGUCGGUGUGCGCUGUCGAAGCCGAUGGAGCCCAUCUGCAGCAUCAUUGGGAGCGCGCUUCGCUGGCUGCACUUCACUCUGCAGCUCGUGUCCUACUUUCGCGCCUCAGACAAGACUCGAGCGCAUUGCAACGCUUCUCUGACGUGGUAAAGCAGCUUCGACGGGAUGCAGGUGUAGAAAAUGUCGACGACGAGGGUAGAAUCUCGCUCAAGAUGCGUGCUGCACAGCAAAUGCUGGCUACUCUCAACAGCGCCGAUUCUCAAGAUGCCGCAUUGCAAGAUGGAGCUGGAGGCGUGCAGACGAAUCUGGACGCGAUCCUUCAAUCGUCGUCUGCUCAUCUCGGGACUGCUGGCGAGGUGGUGCAGACGCUCGACUUGUUGCUUUACCAUCUUCGUGAGAUUCGACUGCUUGCCGAUCCGAUGAACGGGGAGCACGGUACGCUCCAGGAACUCCUACAAGGGCUCUCCAUGCAAGUCGUCAGGUCGCUUUGCAUCGUUUUCAGCCGCGUCAAUGCUUUGGCGGCCGUGGUCGAAGCUUCUAAGCUUGUGCGGCCGGCUGCUGAUGUCGCACUUGAGCUCGUGCGAUGCAUCGACGCCUGCGGCCAGGGCGUUACGGACGGCAACUCAGCUUUGGCAGCCUGCCUCGCAUUCUCGGCGCUCACUGCAUCGCUUCCAAGCUUGCAACAGCAGAGACGCGUGGCCCAAGGUGUCGAGCGCAUCGUCUCGCGUCUGGGAGCGGAAGAGUACGACGUUGUACUCUCCAAACUCUUGAUUGCUCUUCGUUCCACUGCCUCUGCCAGCAUCGCGGUGGAUGAUGUGGACGCCAAAGAGGCAGCCUCGAUGGAUGGCGACGAAGCUGCGCUCAUCAGCACCGUGGGUCUUGUACUUGGCGGUGCUCCUGAAGGCACCUCGAAAAUCGCCAGAUCGCACAUCUCGACUUGGCUCGCCACUCUGACCAGCAGUAAUGCGAUGGCCAACGGUGGGCGAGUCAAACUUUGUUCGAUGGUGGCUGCGAUCUCGGCGCUCGAUCUGCUGUGCAGCCAUCACGCGAUGCUCUUGCGCACGCAGGAUUUGGGGGCAGUGCUGCAGCUUUUUGCCACCGUCACUGGGCCCAGCUUGUGCGACGAGCCUCUGCAGAGUGUGGUGGAGAUGCAGCGAGAGGAACUGGAUGCAAUGCGCGCCAAGCUGUUCAAUGGCAUCGUUUCGACGCUCAGCUCGCUGAUGCGGUCGAGACAAGAUCUGGUCGUCGGAUUCUUGCCGCAGUUGGGACUGCUUCUGUCACGUCUCAUCACCUUGUUCCGACGCCUUCGCCGCAACGCCGCCGGCAAAAUCGAAGCGUCUGGCUCGCAACGUCGCUCCUUGCGUCGCGAUCUGCCCGUCUGGCUGGACCCCGUCCUCGUCUCUCCCCUCACUGCAGACUCGGAAGCACGUGCACUCUCGCGCCUGCUCUCCAACCUCGUCGCCAAAAACGUCUCUCUCAAACACCGCGCCUCCGACUCGACAACGGUCAAAGCCGAAUCCCUAGCCAGAGCGUUCAGCAAACACGCGACAUACGUCCUAGUGGCAUAUCUGAAGAGCCUCACCGCUCAAAACAGUGUGGUUCCCGUGGACGUCAGGACGGAGUUGGAAGUGGGGAUGAUGACGAUCUGUGCAAUCAUGGGGACUCAUCAGAGGGACGCAGCGAUGGUUGGGUCGUUGGAUAGCGCUGGAAAGGUGUUGUUGAAGAGGAUCUGGGGUGUGUUUGAGGGACAGAGGUACAAAGGUCAAUAG